GAUUCGACUUCGACAGUUGUUACUUGUUAUCAUUGCUGCUAGCAGUAGAUAGAUAUGUGUUAUCCACCUAGCGGUGACACGGCUACUGUGUAGUUUGAAUUUGAUUAGACGUUGAAAUAUUUAGUUUUUUUUUUUACUUUUAUUGCGAGACUAACUACUGAGAUUAAAGUUUGAUUAAGAACUUUCAUAAACGUUGUGUACUUACUCUACGUUUUUAUGUGUCCCGUCAAUACGCCAACAAAGAGACGUCAAAACAUCAAAUUAAUUGUAUUGCAAUGAAAACCCAAUUAAUGUUGUAGCGGUUUGGUGUGACAAAAUGAUUUUUCUUAUCGUACAUACAAUAAAUACAGAAGAGGACUGAAGCAGCUGGAACAUCUUUUAGCGUACGUCUCGCUUUUGUUUUUAAUUUAGACAAGUGUUAAACUUUAGGUAAUCAAUACGUGUCAUUUCAUAUCGGAAUAAUUUAAUUUAUAAUUAUGAACAGAAACAAGAACAAUUCUAGGAUGGCGCGAAGUACUGAAUCAGAGCCAGAAACUAAGACUACAGAUGCAUAUCGACUUAUCGAAAAUGAAGAUAAACCCCCAGACAUUAAAUAUGAAAAAGAAAACUCAUGGGUGGCAGGAGUUCAAAUGUUUGUGUCAUUCCUGUUGGCUGGGUUUGGCAUGGUGGCGGCCAGCCUUCUCUUAGAUGUUGUCCAGCAUUGGGAUGUCUUCACCAAAGUCUCUGAAGUUUAUAUUCUAGUGCCAGCCUUGCUCGGGUUAAAAGGUAAUCUUGAAAUGACAUUAGCAUCUCGACUAUCAACACAUGCCCAUUUGGGUCAUUUGGACACUAGUUUGGGAUCCCUGGUUAUGGGUAAUUUAUGUCUCAUACAGUGUCAGGCCGUCCUCGUGGGGUUCCUGGCUGCUAUGGCAGCUGUCGCCAUGGGUUGGAUACCAGAAGGAGAAUUUGACAUACAUCAUGCAUCAUUGUUGUGUGCGUCUAGCGUGUUAACUGCAUCAACUGCUAGUUUUGUGCUUGGUUUAAUAAUGAUUGGAGUAAUAGUUGUGUCUAAGAAAAUGAAUAUAAAUCCUGACAAUGUUGCCACACCCAUAGCAGCUAGCUUGGGAGACCUGACAACCUUGGCACUGUUAUCUUGGAUAGCAUCUGUGCUAUACAAGUCUCUUGGCACUAGUUUAGUCUUGCCAUCUAUUAUUAUCAUUAUUGGCGCACUCCUUGUGCCUGUGUGUGGGUAUAUAGCCUGGAGCAAUGACUUUACAAGACAAGCUUUGGAUGAGGGAUGGGUGCCAGUUGUUUCUGCAAUGGUGAUCAGUAGUGCUGGAGGAUUGAUAUUGGAUCACACUGUAUCCAUAUACACAGGCAUAGCUGUUUACCAGCUAGUUAUCAAUGGUAUUGGUGGUAACAUGGUGGCGGUACAUGCCUCCAGGCUGUCAACACAACUUCACACAGGGCAAAAAGAAGGUUCUGUUAUAGGUAGCACAACUAAACUACUGCUACUUAUGGUGAUACCAGGCCAGUUAAUAUUUAUUUAUACAAUAGGAUAUUUAAGGGCUGGCCACACAUCUACCACACCCACAUUUAUUUUAAUUUAUAUGUCUGCUGCUAUGCUACAAGUAUUCUUAUUGUUAACAAUUAGUCACUACAUGGUGGCCUGGAUGUGGAAAAUGGGUAUGGACCCUGAUAAUUCAGCGAUACCUUAUCUGACGGCACUUGGGGAUUUGCUGGGCACGGCACUACUGGGUGUAGCAUUCAGUAUUUUAUAUGCUAUAGGUGAUAAAGACAGUGAUUUAGGUGACUAGCAGUACACACACAAUAAUUUGCCUGAACAGCUCAAACUGAGAAUUUUAAUAAUAACUAAGUGUAAGGGAGUAUUUUUUAAAGCAAUUGUAAUUAAGUGUGUGCAUUCUUGUGCCAUUAUUUUUUUACUUGAUGUGUACUUAAUAAGGGCACAUUGCUUAGGAAAAUGUUAUGCUAUCAGCUAACUAUUCAUUUUCUUCUCUUGCCUGACUGUGAAAUCUGUUUGAUAAUGUUUUACAAAUUCAAUUUAAUUGAUAGUGAAUGUACUUAAAUUAUACAAAAUCGUUUUGCAAAUGUACAUUAAUGUAAGACUUAAGUACAUAAUUGAUAUUGGUGCUACAUAAUAUGUAUAAGUAUGAAAAAUUAAAGAUGAUAUUUUUAUAAUUACAUAAAACAUUGAUGGAGUUUUGUGAUUUAAAUAAACUUGUUGAUUUUAAUUUUGUGUUUUAACAAAUAUUCCAUAUUAUUCUUUACCUAGGUAUUUAUUUAUGUGUAUUAGGGAAACCCGACUCAGUAACCAGUCUUAUCUUAAAGGAUAAUUAGCUAUUAGGGAAAUUAAACCAGUGCAGAUUGAAAUAAUUUGUUUGUUUUACAAGAUGCAGUAUUGUUAAAUAGACAAUUACAAUAUGUAGUGCUCCACAAAAGCAUAUAUAAUCAAUUAUGUUCGAUUACUUAAUAAAAAAUCGUCCAUUUAAUUAAGUAAAGCCACCAGUUUAUAUUGUAAAAUAAACUAUGGCUCUUAAACUAUAAUAUUACAAAUAUCCUGUUGGUUAGCUUAGGUACUACACAGUCAUGUUUUAAAACGUCACAGUACAGUCUGUUCCUCAUAAUUAAUUGACUAAUUUAGUAUUAAGUGCCUACUACACUAGAUAUCAAGGCUCAGGUCGAGCCAUGUCUAGACGUUAAUUCUAUACAAUAAUUGGGCACUAUUCCAAAUCCCGGGAUUGCUGAUAAAGUAACUCAAUUAAAUUGAAGAGUUUGGUAAUUUAUACAUGAAGUCCCUAGAUUGGUUUACAGCAUAGUAAACGCGCAAGCUACUACCGCCGACAGCUUACCGUCACCAAGCUAACAGCACGCUGCAUACCACAGAGCGGCGCGGGCGGCGUCUCGUUCGUCUUCGGGUAUUCCACAAACUUGUUAGCCGCCAGGGACCCUAGAUGCCUACAACCGCUGGAGACAGGAAGGUGUCAGGCCCUUUUCUACAAAUACGGUUUCGACCCCAAAGUGAACGCUUGCGUUAGAUUCGUCUACGGAGGCUGUCAAGGCAACUCUAACAGAUUCUUCACAAAGGAACUAUGUGAGAAGAUCUGCGCGGCUUGAAUAAAAUGAAAUAUACUUACUCAAACUAUAACAGAGGUUUUCUUUACCAUAUGGUAGCCGUGCGGAUCCACGAGCAGACUCGUAAUUCGUAAAUUAUUUUUCGCUUCAUUAACUAAGUAGUUUGUAAUAUAAAAAGCUAUUAUUAAAAGUGGAGUACCUACUUAGUAGGUAAAACAUAAUUGCUUCAUAAAAACAGAUAGGUGAGUAAGUUAUCUAACUACUGCAGUAAUUUUAUACCCAUUUGAACUCAUUAGGUAUUUGAUUACCCAGUUAAAUGUCUUAAUUGUAUAGGUAGGAACUUUAAAUCAUGCUGCUAUCGUUAAAAGCAAAUUAUUUGCAGUGUCAAUUGUUUUGUAUUUGAACACAUUAUUUAAAUGCUGUGGUAUACUUGCACAACUUUCGUUAAUUAAACUCCCUCGUCCGAAAACGCGGUUAACACGAUGAUCCCCGCGUUUUACUAAAAAAAGAAGUCAUCAGAGUUUUAAAACAAGGUAAGGUAAAAUAAUACCUUAUCUUAAUAUCUUGCAACAAACCGAUUCGAUCACAAUUUGGCGGGAUCAUCAAAAUAUAUUUUUUUGUUUCGUGGUGAAGUUAAGAAGGUAAGUACCUACUUACCAUUUGACUGACAGACAUUUUGAGAUAAUAUUUUAUCAAUUUAAAACAAAAUGCUUAUACUUCAGAAGGUGAAAAUACUUGAUAAUAUAUUGAGAUAAGAACCUUACUGACUCCCCAACUUUCAUUCUACGAACGCAGUACUUAGGUAUAUACACAGUCAUCACGAUUUUAUGUGUGGGCUUUAUCUUUAUAAUCACACGGAAAAAGUCGCUCACAACAGCUACUAAGAUCACGAAAUUAUGAGGAUUUAUUUUCAUUGCAUUUCACCACUGCCGCUGGUCAAGUAUUUAAGUAAAUAUACCUCCUGAUUAAGUGACUAGAGCAAUAGAUGAUUUCGCUUGACGAAAAAAAGUUUUAAUAUGUAGUGUAAAACCACACGGAGGUAAAGUUCUUUUUUUGUAUAGAAAAUCAUCGCAUGAGUCCUUCGCUUUUUAGCGGAAGGCAGUGUCAGACUGCUUCUGACUAAAAACCACCUAUGUUCCUUCCUUUGCCCUUCGUGUAUCGGGGCCACCGUAACCCUUUCGGAAAAUCCCGCUACCCCGGCAGGAAAGCUUCCCUUCGUACUCAAAAGGACUAUCUGAUACUCGUAGAAAAUCCCGUAAUAUGAAUUGUCGCUUUUCUUCCUUGCGCCGUACAAGAUUUCAGUAACAAAGGCUUUCUUUCUCGUCAAAGCAUAUUUACCAACAAGACACACGCUUACAGCGGUUGUUUAUACAUAAAGUAUUUGAAUAAGUUAUCUCUUAUCUGUGCAAACAACUAAUAAGUUUGCGCCUUGCGGCAUUUUAUAAAAAGCUUAGCGGUGCUGCAGGAUGAUGUUGGGUACGCCAGCCAUAAUCAACCAUUCUUUAUACAGGUGGCAAACAGAUUUCCGUCCCAAUGCUGGGCACAGGCCUCUUCUCGUAUAGAGUAAGUUUUAACAUUGAUCACCAUCUAGCUCACUGCGGUUAGUAGAUUUCAGAUUCCAGUAUUUGGGAACCAGGUCGCCUUACACCGCAUGAUAGACGUGCUUUAGAAUGAUUGAGAAAGUAAGUACAUAUAACUUUAAGUGACAUUGGUACUUUUCCUGCGUUGGGAUCGAACCUGCACCUCGUGUAAAAUCCAUGCACAGAACUGCAAGACCAGCACAAUACCAAACAUGUUUUCACCCACACAAACAGUCGUUUAGAGAGGCUACGUGAAUCACUACCUAGCGCAAGUCUGCAGGUUCGAUUCCCGUGUGAGUAUGACUACUUUUUGCAUUAUCUGCUUUUAUUCAACUCAAUUUCUUUGCACUUGUGAUCUGGUUCUCUAAAUGCGGAUUACGUUCCUCAGUGCUGGAUUUUUUACGUAUUUAUUUCGUUAUGUUCUACAGAAAAGUUGAUAAUUCAACAGGUCAUACUACUAAUUAUACAAUACAAUUACCUAUGCAUAACCUUCAUUCUGGUAUAUAUUAUUCAAGCAGAGUAUGCAUUGAAACCUUCUCACUUUCCUAGACAUGGACCUGGUUAUAUACUUGAUUCUUAAACACCAUACAGUGUGAAUAUAUCAAUUGAGGUUAAUUUAACGACAAAUAUUGCCACUGGAAGUAAAUACCCUAGUUAGAAGAAUUUUUAAACAACUAUUAUGUUUCAGGCUAAAACUGUUACAGAAAAAAAUAAAACAAUAUAUUGGUGUUUUUGUUUAUUAUCUUAAGCUAAUGUCAGACGUUUACUUGACUUCACGCAAUCUUCU